AUGGACAUUCUAGUCUCAGUCAUUGCAGCAACAAUUAAACCUAUUGGACAUCAAUUAGGUUACCUUGUUUGCUACAACAGAAACAAGAAGGAGCUUAGAGACCAACUUGAAAAUCUUGAGACUACUAAAAGGGAUGUGAAUCAAAGGGUUCAAGAGGCAAAAGGCAAAUCAUAUACAAUCUCUGAGGAAGUUUCAAAGUGGUUGGCCGAUGUGGAUAAUGCAAUACUCCAUGAUGAGCUAUCUAACUCCAACCCAUCUUGCUUUAACUUGGCUCGACGAUACCAGCUAAGUAGAAAAAGAGAGAAGCAAGUGAAUUAUAUUCUUCAACUCAUGAACAAAAGAAACAGCUUUGUCGAAGUUGGGUAUCGUGCACCUCUUCCGGAUACUGAGAAUAUUGUUGUUCCCGGAGAUUACCAAGUUUUGGAAUCAAAAACAUCAUUGGCUAAAGAUAUCAAGAAUGCGCUUGCAAAACCUGAGGUCAAAAAGGUUGGUGUAUAUGGUAUGGCAGGUGUUGGAAAAACUUAUUUGCUUAACGAAGUUAAAAAAUUGGUGUUGAAGGGGGAAGACAGAUUGUUUGAUCGAGUAAUUGAUGUGCGUGUAGGUCGAUUUAAUGAUGUAACGGAAAUACAAGAACAAAUUGGUGACCAAUUGAACAUAGAAUUGCCAAAAAGUAAAGAGGGAAGAGCGUCUUUUCUACGGAAUAAUUUGGUGAAAAUGGAAGGUAAUAUCCUCAUUUUAUUAGAUGAUUUGUGGAAGGAAUAUGAUCUUUUAAAAGAGAUUGGGAUUCCAUUAAGUAAAGAAGGAUGUAAGGUACUCAUGACAAGUCGAUCACAAGAUAUAUUAACCAAUAAUAUGAAUACACAAGAGUGUUUUCAAGUGAGUUCGUUAUCUGAAGAAGAGUCUUGGAAGUUUUUUAUGGCAAUCAUUGGUGAUAAGUUUGAUACAAUUUAUAAGAAAAACAUUGCAAAGAAUGUUGCAAAAGAAUGUGGAGGGUUACCACUUGCACUUGAUACCAUUGCAAAAGCAUUGAAGGGGAAAGAUAUGCACCAUUGGGAGGAUGCUUUAACCAAAUUGAGAGAUUCUAUUGGAAUGGAUAUUAAAGGGGUGAGCGACAAAGUUUAUGCUUCACUUAGAUUGAGUUAUGAACAUCUAGAUGGAGAAGAAACAAAAUUACUAUUUCUUCUUUGCAGCGUAUUUGCUGAUGAUUAUAAGAUUCCUAUAAAAGAUUUGCAAAUGUAUGCCAUGGGUAUGAGAUUAUUGAAUAAAGUAAAAACUUGGGAGGAUUCAAAAAAUAGGGUAAUGAAGUUGGUUAAUGAUCUAAUAUCAUCUUCUUUACUUCUCGAGGCCGAGAGCGAUUCCAAAGACAAGUAUGUUAAAAUGCACAAUGUGGUUCGUGAUGUUGCGAUACACAUUGCAUCCAAGGAAGGUAACAUGUCUACAUUUAACAUUGGAUAUAAUAAAGUUAAUGAAUGGGAAGAUGAGUACAGAAGUGGUUCUCAUCGUGCCAUUUUUGCAAAUUGUGAUAACUUCAACAAUCUUCCCCUAAAGAUGAAUUUUCCACAACUUGAGUUGUUGAUAUUAAGAGUUUCUAAUUGGUUGGUGGAAAAUAAUCUUCAAAUUCCACAUGCAUUUUUUGAUGGAAUGGAAAAGCUUAAGGUUUUGGACUUGACAGGAAUGUGUUGCCUCCGACCAUUGUGGACAACACCAUCAUUAAACAACCUUCGAACAUUAUGUAUGUUGCGUUGCGAAUUUAACGACAUUGAUACAAUUGGGGAGCUAAAGCAACUGGAAGUUUUGAGAAUCGUUAAGUGUAACAUGCUAGACCAUUUACCUCCAACUAUGAGUCAAUUGACACAACUUAAGGUACUAGAAGUUUUAAAUUGCUCUAAAUUGGAGGUGGUUCCUGCAAACGUUUUUUCAAGUAUGACAAAACUCGAAGAGUUGAAAUUACAAGACAGCUUUUGCAGAUGGGGAGAAGAAGUAUGGUACAAAGAUCGAUUAGUCAAGAAUGUCACAGUUUCAGAAUUGAAUUGUCUGCCAUGUCUUUCUAAUUUAAGUUUAGAAAGUUGGAAUGUUAAGAUUCUAUCUGAAAUAAAUUCACAAACUUGUAAGAAGUUAAAAGAAUUUUGGAUUUGUAGUAAUGAGUCAGAUGAUUUUCUUCAACCCAAGGCUUCUAACGAAUAUGCAACAACCUUGAUGCUUAAUAUUGAAUCCCAAAUUGGUUCAAUUGAUGAAGGACUUGAAAUACUAUUGCAAAGAAGUGAGAGGUUGAUUGUAAGUGAUUCAAAGGGUAAUUUUAUAAAUGCCAUUUUCAAGCCAAAUGGAUUAAAUGGCUAUCCCUAUUUGAAGUAUAUAUGGAUUAUUGAUGAAAAUGGUAAUUCAGAAAUGCCACAUUUAAUUGGAAGUGACUUUACUUCUCUAAAGUAUUUGAUUAUUUUUGGGAUGAAGAGAUUGGAGAACAUUGUUCCUAGGCAUAUUUCAAUAAGCCCUUUCAAGAGUGUUAAAACUAUUGCAAUUCAAUUUUGUGGGCAGAUAAGGAAUCUUUUCUCAUUCUCUAUUUUCAAAGACCUUUUAGAUCUUCAAGAGAUUGAGGUGAUUAAUUGUGGUAAUAUGGAAGGGAUUGUAUUCAUGGAAAUUGAAGAUCAACUCAACAUUUGUACUAGUCCUUUGACUUCUUUACAACUUGAAAAUGUGGAUAAACUUACAAGUUUUUGCACCAAAGGCUUAGUCCAAGAAAGUUCACAAAGUAUCAUUCCCUUUUUUGAUGGGCAGGUUUCAUUUCCUGAGUUAAAUGAUUUAUCAAUUGUUGGAGGUUACAAUUUGGAGACGUUAUGGCAUAAAAAUAAUAACCCAACUACAAAUUCCUUUUGCAAACUCCAAUCAAUAAGAAUUGAACAAUGCACCCAAUUAAGAUGCAUGUUUCCUUCGAACAUGUUCACAUCACUUACUUCAUUACAUACAAUACAAAUUAUUUCUUGUGCGUCAUUAAAAAGGAUAUUUGAAAUUGAAAACCAAAGUUUUAGUGUCAAAACAGUUGUGUGGUCAUUGAAUGAGUUACAUUUACUCGAUCUACCAAAUCUCAAACACGUAUGGAGAAAAGACAUCAUCAAAAUUUUGACAUUUCCAUCUCUAAAGAGAGUGAAAAUCCAUGGCUGUACUAAGCUAACACACGUAUGGAAGGACAACACUAAAGAAACCAGAAGCUUUGAUAGCUUGGAGAGGAUUGAAGUAGAAAAAUGCAAGAAUUUGAAGUAUUUACUGCCAUCGUCAAUUACAUUCUUAAACUUGAAGGAGCUUCACAUCAAGAAAUGUAAUGGAAUGAUGAAUUUGUUCAGCUCUACGGUGACAAAAAAGCUAGUGAAUCUCAGGUCCAUUAAAGUAUCUUAUUGUAAAAGAAUGAGAUGCAUGGUUGAAGGAGAUCAAGAAGAAAAUGAUGAAAUUAUUGUUUUCAAGAGAUUGAGUAGGUUGGAAUUAGAUUAUUUACCACGAUUGGAUAGCUUUCACUCUGGCAAAUGCAUGCUUGAGUUUCCCUGUUUGGAGAGUUUGGUUAUAAAAAGAUGUCCUGAAAUGAAGACAUUUUCAUAUGGAGUAAUAAUCGCCCCAAGAUUGCAUUCCAUGUGGAUGAACGAUAAAGGAUUUGGAGUAUCAUCAUCACCAACAUGCGGGAUAAAUGAAACCAUACAAAAUUUUCCCAAGCAAGCUGUGCUUCAUCCAAAUGAAGAAGAAGAUUGUUCAGAUUCUGAUUUAAGCAGAUGAUUCUAUGCUUUGAAGGUAACUCUCUAGAUUUUUGGACGAGGUAUUGGAGUUGAUAUUUGUCAUCCGCCCCUAUAGGCUGCACACCUCGGGUGCACAUUGCUUAUAAAAACAUGAAUUUGGACUAAGAUCGAGUUGCUAGCAUAUUUUUAAUUAAAAGACAAUGUAAUUGAAUGUUAUGCCGGUAUACGUCCUUUCUGAUGUAGGUUUGAAUCUUUCAAUUUAUCUUUUGUUUAAACGCAUUGGAAGGGAAAUCUUUCAAUUUAUCGCUGAUUUGUGUAUGAUAAUACAUACUUUGUGAUAAUGACGAUGAAAGUUUGACAGUGAAACAAGAAUGUAAAUAUAUACAUAUUUACUUGAAAA